CGCAACCACUACGGUUUAUCCGGAUCGAGGAACCGCUAGCUAAAGAACACCCUGAAGAUGCUUCCCUGUUGGUGUUGCAAGGGCUUCGUCUCGUUGGUGGCCUGUAUGUUGGUGCUGUGUCCCUUCAUUUGUGCAAAGUUGCCGUCCACAAUCAGACCAUGUGCCCGCGAUGAUCCUCAACUGGAGCGCUGUAUCAUCGAUGCUGUAUACCGAAUAAGGCCACUAUUAGUCCACGGAAAUCUAGGGGACGGCUAUAAAACACCUCCAUUGGAGCCUUUGUCACUAGAUAAUAUAGAAUUAGGUCGGAGUAGUCAGUUUCAAGCUGUGUUCACGGAGCUCGAGGCCAAUGGAGGGAGUAACUUUAUCAUUGACCGUCUUAUCGCUAAACCGAUGGAUAUUUCUUAUGAUCUUUGGAUUACCCUUCCACGCAUCGACUUUAGAGGAAAGUACUCGCUGCAUCUUAAUUUGCUACUCUUGGAUAUAAAAGGAAAGGGAAAUAUGCAGGGUUAUUGCGAAAAUGCUAGAGCGUCUGUAAAAAUGCGAGGUUCUCGCUAUCUGCGUAAUGGUGAAGACUACGUAAAGUUCACAAAGAUGACCAUGCGAAUCGAUUUUAAGGAUUUCAAAUUGAACUUAGAAAACCUGUUUAAUGGCGAUCGGAUUUUUGGUGACGUUGGAAAUAGCCUCAUCAACAAUAAUCAGGAAUUGUACCUAAACGAAAUUGUGCCAGGUUUAGAACAAGGUCUUUCUAAAAAGUUUUUAGAUGUGGCGAAUGAAAUCCUUGCCACUGCUACCUUUGACGAAAUGUUUCCGCCUGGAAGGACUGUCAUAAAUCCGAUAUCAUAUCCUUCACGAAUACCAUCUUUAAGUCUUGGUCCAUCUAUAUUUGAGCCUCCUUUAGCGUCGCGGAAUCCAGAAGGUAGUAUUUUGGGAAGUUUAUCCCCUAGAAAUUACCAUGAAUCAAGACAUGACUAACUUUUAAGGUAUUACUAGUGAAAAUUGUUUUUAUUUCUGCAAUA